AUGGCUUCCAAUUUCCCUGCACGCCAAAUCCCCGCCAUGUUCGCCAGACGGCAACAGCCCACCAGAGUACACAGCGCCGCCAGACGCUUCGCAUCCACCACCGUCCAGACCCAAAACCCCGCCUACCCCCUCUACCCAUCCGUCACCCAACUCCUCCACGAAAAGGGCAUCCCCGACUCCGAAAUCUCCAAGAUCCCGGCAUCUGGCCCCAAGGGCCGUCUCCUAAAGGGCGACGUUCUCGCCUAUCUCGGCUCCAUCCCAGCAGACUACCCCUCCACCCAAGCCGCCCGCAUAGACAAGCUCGCCCACCUCGACCUGAGCAACAUCAAGAUCGCAGCACCCCCAGCGCCCAAGCCGGAGCCCGUCCCCGAGAAAAUGGAAGCCCCCGCACCGCCGCCGACGACCUCCGUCGCGUUAUCGAUUUCGCUCUCAGCCGUCUUGUCCGUGCAGAGGAAGAUUAAGGAGAGUUUGGGGAUUACGGUCCCGCUGUCGGAGUUUUUGGCGAGGGCUACGGAUCUGGCGAAUGAGGAGCUACCGCGCUCGGCUGCGCAGAAGCCCUCUGCUGAUGAGCUUUUUGAUGAGAUUCUCGGUGGUGAGCCGGUUACUACCUCCCGGGGUGACUAUAUCCCCGAGUUGAAUGAGGUUGAUGCCCCGGUUGCGCGGGCCCAGCCUGUCCAGGAAGACCUUAUUGACUUCCUUGCCGGAAAGGUUUCUAAGAAGUCCUCCUCUUCGCGGGUAGUAUCGCCCGUUGAGGAGCCGGCUGCCAAUGUAUUCAGCUUGACGGUUCCGGUUAGCGAGGAGAAGAGGGCGAAGGCUUUCUUGGACCGGGUUGAGACGCUCUUGACCGUUGAGCCUGGCCGUUUGGUUAUUUAA